AUGAGGAUUCGAAAGAACGCGAAGCUGUCUUCGCUGAUCAACUUGACGAGGGCCAAGAGUGUGCACGUAUGCGAGCUGAACCAGUCGCCAUGGGAUGUGAUUCCUUCCACUCAAGAACCAUACCCAUCGUAUCUUCAUCACCGGUUUGAACCUGAAGAUAUCUUUAAUGGAAAUGGGAGCUUAGGCGAUUCUAUUGGCGCUGUCGAGAGCGUAGCGUCGAUGAUGGACAAUGAAGAUAAAUCGAUUAUGAAAGUCGAACGCAUGAUUAUCGACGACGAGGAAGAGACGAAAAUAGGUGACCAAUUCGGGUUCCACACCCAUUGCGAAGAUGAAGGAAAGGGAUCCAAGCAAAAUUGUUCACUGAAAUCUUGCUGCCACGAUAAUGGGAAUAAUCCAAGCUCAUUGACAAGCAAGAAAGCCGGGAACCGCCGUGGACGAGCCGGGGCGGCCAAUAAAGGGCAGUCGUCGACGUCGAAUCCGUAUGAAUUAUACUAUUAUUUCGGGUCCGGGCCGUCGUGGAGGAGGAGAGGCGGCAACAACAGCGAAAUGAGGGAGAAUAUUAUUGUCGAGGGUAAAGAUUUUGAAAACAACAGCAGCGCUGUCACCACUCAAAACAACAAUACGAUGCCGUCGUCGUCUUCUUCGCAAUUCGACAAUAAUGAAGAAUUUGAUUAUGUCGGUGAUGAGGAGGAUGACGAGGAGAACGUGGAUGGUGGCGGCAAGAAACGAACGAGAAAACCUAUUAAAAGAGAACGUUAA